UAGGAUAGUACUAGUGUACUAGGACGGACUCGGUGGGCCGAGGGGUCUGUUUCCACCCUGUAUUUCUAAACUAACAGUUUAAACUGGAAAUAUUGCACGUUAAAAAUUCACCACAGAAUUUAUGAUUUUCGAUUCUCAAUGUUCCUGGUUUAUUAUAGGGACUCGCAAUUCCAGUUGCCAACUGACUUAAGUUGCCCCAUCCCUGAAGGGUUAAAAUGUAAUUUGCUGUUCCUUUCAGUUUGCGGUUAGAUAGCGUUGUUUCUCGCUGCAAGAAGCUGGGGCGGGGCUCUCUCUGGCGCUGCAUUAGUAAACUGGAGGGAAAGCAGGGGAGAGAGAGAAAAUGACAAAUCUGGAAUUAAUUUCCGACGAAGUAUGAAGAAUUUGACGGCAAGAAAGUGCUCAGCAAAUGACGUGAGUGCGGGAAGGAGCGGGUCUUGUGAGCGGGGCCACACAAUGAAACUCCGGUACAAGAUCGCGGCAGUGCUCGGCUGCCUGGUGGGCGGGCGGCUGCUGCAGUACCUGCUGCUCGGCAUGUCAGCCGGCGAGACCCCGCCGAGGGUGGGCGACGGCCGCGCUUGGCGAGCCGUGCAAGCGUUUCAGGGGCGUCUGGUUACUCGCCAGCCCACCGCUUUCCGCUCACAGCCUCGGCCCGCCUUGAACCCCCGGCCACGGCUCCUGACGAAAAGGCACAAGAAGCCUGCCAGCGACAGGGAUCUUCAGGAACCAAUAUUUCGUCUCCACAGGCAGAAUGGUGAAGAAUGGGUGCACUUGGCAGUGGUGGCCUGUGGGGAUCGGCUGGAAGAGACAAUGACUAUGUUGAAGUCCGCUAUUCUUUUCAGUAUCUACAAGAUAAAAUUCCACAUCUUUGCUGAAGAUACACUCCACUCACAGUUUGAAAGCAGUAUUAAAGCCUGGCCAUAUUUAUACAAAACACAUCUUGAAUAUAGCAUCUACCCAAUCAACUUUUCAGUGGGAAAUCCUCAGGAAUGGAAGAAGUUAUUUAAGCCAUGUGCUGCUCAGCGCCUUUUCCUUCCAAUGAUCCUGAAAGAUGUCGACUCUCUGCUGUAUGUCGACACUGACGUUCUCUUUCUGAGAUCAGUGGAUGAUGUUUGGAAUAUCCUGAAACGCUUCAAUUCUACGCAACUUGCGGCCAUGGCCCCUGAACAUGAAAUCCCGAAGAUCGGAUGGUACAGUCGGUUUGCGCGACAUCCGUAUUAUGGAGCAGCUGGUGUCAAUUCAGGGGUCAUGCUGAUGAAUCUUACUCGAAUAAGAAGUCGGUUGUUUAAGAAUAGUAUGAUUCCCUCUGGCCUAAGAUGGGAAGACUUACUAUAUCCUUUAUACCAUAAAUACAAAAAUGAUAUCACAUGGGGAGACCAGGAUUUAUUAAAUAUCAUAUUCCAUUAUAACCCAGAAUAUCUGUACGUGUUUCCUUGUCAGUGGAAUUACAGACCUGAUCAUUGUAUGUACGGCAGUAACUGUAGAGGAGCAGAAGACCAAGGGGUUGCCAUUCUCCAUGGAAACCGUGGGGUUUAUCAUAAUGAUAAACAGCCUGCCUUCAAAGUAAUGUAUGAGGCUGUACGCAAUUUUCCCUUUGAAGAUAAUUUAUUUCAGUCUCUAUAUUUCCCACUUCAAAACAGCUUUAUGAACACAGUACACACUUUAUGUGGCAGGCUUCCACAAGUAUUCCUGAAGCAGUUUGAACAAGCUAUGCGAAAAGUAUACGAGGUUCGUGUUAUUCAUAUAGGAUAACAACUGAAGAUAGUGGAUAUGUUUAUGUCAAAAAAGAAAAGAAAAA